UGAUCAAACCUGUCGCUGUCAACCAUUGCCAUUUAAUUGAAUGAAUCGAUCAUAGGCUAAACUACACUUGACGAAAGUUUGUUUAUAUUAAUGGCUGACAGUUGGCAUACAAAUAUAAAACAUAUAUAACAGUGAUAUGACAUAAAGUCGAAGGAAAGGAUGAAGUGAUUCCAUAGAAUGAUUAUUCAAGGGGAGAUGGAGAGCGAAUCCGAAACUCCACAACAGGUACAUUUUCCCUUGGAAUCAGUCCAAGAGGAAACUGAAGAUGAAGAACAAGAUAAAAACAACAAUAAAAAUGGACUUAGUCCCAGAGAUGACCUUACUCAAGGUCCUACACGUGUACCUUCACAAAGGUCGCGAGCAAUGUUAAUACGCACACCGGCUAAUGAGUUUGCGGUUCCAGAAUCGCCGCUUGAGUUAGAAAAAGACAUUUUAAUUACUGAAUUGAAAGAUGAUGUUGAUUAUGGUAGCGAUGUUGAAAGUGAGGAGGAAGUGGACAUUGUCUUGCCACAAGAAACUAACAAGCCCCAAUUAACAGAGGAUGAUUAUGAUACAGAUUUAGAAGUAGAUGAAGAGAUUUUCUACCACGAUACAACGGGGAAAAGUAAUUACUUAAAGAUCUGCCAACAAUACGGACUUGUCCCUAUAUCGUAUUUUGUUCGACAUAUCAUAGACAAUGAGAUCACUAUGCGAUACCACGGACUUAGUCCAACAGCGGCUAAAGCUAUUGCCCUUGUGUUGAGAGAUAAUAUAUCACUAGAAAAACUAAACUUGGACGGAAAUUGGAUACAAGCAGAAGGAGGUGAAGCUAUUGCCCGGAUGUUGGAAGAAAAUGAAUACAUAACAGAUCUGAGUUUGGCAGAUAACAAACUAGGAUCCGAAGGAGCACAAAGUAUUUGUCGUAUGCUGAACGUGAAUGCAGGUCUUCGAAAAAUUAAUUUGUCUGGAAAUGGUUUUAUUGAUUCUGAUGCCAAGUUUUUUGUUACCACUUUAGAAAAUAAUAAAUAUUUAAAAGAUUUGAAUUUAAGUCAUAACUUAUUUGGCGAAGAAGGCGGAGAGAUAUUAGGAGCUGCUAUAGGUGCUAACGAUAUAUUAGAUGUAAUCGAUUUAAGCUGGAACCAUCUUCGACAAAAGGGGGCUAUUGCAGUUGCCAAUGGAAUCAAGGAGAAUGUUGGACUGAAACGAAUCAACCUUAGUUGGAAUGGCUUUGGGUCUCAGGGAGGAUGUGCGAUUGCAGAUGCUCUUGCAACAAAUAAUUCACUUCUUGAGAUCGACAUUAGUGGUAAUCGUCUAAACGCCGAGGCAGCGAUCAGGAUAGCCAAAUCGAUCUUUUCCAACGACAACUUACGCAUACUAAGGAUGGGAAAUAACCUAUUAACUACCGCAGGAGCUAUUGCGUUGGCUAAGGUUAUCAAUGAAUCUGAAAGUAGUGAGAUGGAAGAACUGGACUUAACAGAUGUCCCAGUUGAGUACGAGUUCUUGAGGAUCUGUGAAGAUAUAAAAAUGAAGAAACCAGAUUUUAAAGUGUCAUUUGGACCUGUUUUAAGAACUGGAAAUACAGCGGAUGAUCUAGGCAAAAUGGGAAUUGAUCCUAAGAAGAAAGUGGCUCCCAUAUUAGUGUUACAAGAACAUAUAGUUGUAAAUGACAUGCGUUUGUUAGACAUUUUAAAGAGAUAUAACACUGAUCAGACAUUAUUAGUUACACCGGAAGAUUUCAUGGCAGCAAUCGAGGAACUUGCAGUACCUUAUGAUAAGCCAAAAGUACAAGAAGCUGUUUUUAAACUAGCAGAUGACCAAUCGGGGAGAAUUUAUUUCGGAGACUUCUUGAAGCAACAAGAGAAUCAAAAGCCUGAGAGUUAACAGUACAAUAAAUAAGAUCAUUGACUGCUCACGUAUAUUAUAAACUGGCUCAAUAAAAACUUGGACACACCAAAAUCAGUAUAUGUAUAUUCAUGACUAAUGUGUAUCUGUUAUAAUAUAAAAUGAUUGAAAUCAGCCAAAAUGUGGAUAUUUAUUUUUCAGUAUCUUCUGUGAUAUUAUAAGUUGCUUUGAAAGUAGAUUUCUAAGCUAAAAGUGGCAUUUAUUUUUUUUAUGUAUAACUAAAUGCAUUUGCUUAAUGUUCGUUUUUACGUCCCAUAUUGUCAUAAAUUUAAAUUUAUUUUUGGAAAAUGUUGUGUAUUGAGUUUUAUGACCUGUGAUGCAAAAAUGUUCCGUCCUUAUGCAAGUGCUGUUAUAUUAUAUAUUGAAAUAAAAUGUAGUUAUUGUU